UGUCUGGCAUGUAUUGAGAGGUCUCGUGGCGUCGACGUUGGACCUGAUGAUUUAAAAGACAUUUUGAGAGAUUGGCAUUCAGACAUUGAUUUGUGUAAUGAACUUAAAAAGUACAUGGAAGAAGUUGCAGUAUUCAAGAAAGAAGCCUCUGACGAGCACUUGAGGCGGAUUGAAAUUGAACGAAUGGCCAGGACAUUAGAGGAAAAGCAGGUGCAGCGACAGAAAGAAACUGAGGAAGAUCGUUCCAAAACACAUCAAGAGUUUCAACAACUUAAAGUACGACUAGAUGAGGUCACUGAUGAACUUCAGAAAGCCAAUCAGCAUAAUGAGCAUGUUCAACAUGAGCUCAUGGAAUCGAAAAGGCGUUACACUGAGGAACUUCAGAAAGCCAAAGAGCAUAGCGAGAAUGUUCAACAUCAGCUCUUGGAAUUUAAAGAGCGUUGUAAUUGGCUUCAAUCAGAGUAUGACCAAUUGCUAAAUGAUGCAGUUAGAGAGGUUGAAAUGUUACGCCAGAGAAGAGGCAAGAUCCUUUCAGUUUUGCGCCGGUUUUCAUCAUCUGAACUGGAGUGUGCAACAGAAAAUUUGAGUACUUCACUGAAGAUAGGAGGGGGUGAAUUUGCUUCUGUGUACCAAGGUGUCCUCUGGAACAUGAAAGUUGCAAUAAAGGUGCUGAGACCUGAUGUUUUACAAGGGCGCUCGCAGUUUGAAGAAGAGAUUGCUAUACAUAGUAGGGUGAGACAUCCCAACUUGGUAACUCUGCUAGGAGCAUGCCCAGAGUCAUAUGCGCUUGUCUAUGAGUUCUUAUCAAACGGCAGCCUUGAAGAUUUUCUUUUAUGUGCGGAUAAGAGGCAGGCUCUGACAUGGCGUAUUCGUGUCCGUAUUAUUUCUGAGAUAUGUUCGACUCUGAUAUUUCUACACGAGAACAAACCUGAUCCAGUUAUUCAUGGAGAUCUUAAGCCUUCCAACAUUCUACUUGAUGCUAACUUAGUCAGUAAGCUUAGUGACUUUGGUAUUCCUCAUGUGCUGAACCAGUCCAACAGCAAUAUCACCGAGCAUCCUGUGGAGACCUCUGUAUACAUGGACCCAGAAUUUCUUGCCACCUCGAAGAUGACAACUCGCUCUGAUGUUUAUUCUUUUGGAAUUGUAGUCUUGCAGCUUUUAACUGGAAGGUCUCCUGUUGGUAUAAAGAAGAUUGUGAAGGAUGCGAUGGAUCAUGGUGACCUGAACUCUAUAGUUGAUACCUCAGCGGGAAAGUGGCCUUGUGAGCAAAUCCAUCAGUUAGCAGAGUUUGGUCUCAGCUGCACUGAGCCAAGCAGGACGUGCCGGCCUGAUCUUUGCCAGCUGUGGACAUCAGUUGAGGCUAUGAGGGAUGUUGCGGCAUCAUCUUCGAGUUCGGUGCAGGAUGAAAACCACACACCGUCAUACUUUAUCUGUCCUAUAACUCAGGAUAUCAUGAAUGAUCCACACAUUGCAGCGGAUGGAUUAACCUAUGAAGGUGAAUCUAUUCGGACUUGGCUUGGUAUGGGUCACCAAACAUCCCCGAUGACCAACCUGAAACUUUGCAACCGCAAGCUCAUCCCCAAUCGUGCUCUCCGCUCCGCCAUCCAGGAUUGGCUACAACAGCACAACGGAGAAUUAUGA